AUGGAUUCUGACCAACCUAUACACCCACAAAAACCCACGACUUUUUUCGAUCGUGUAAAGACAUUCAUUAACAUAUUCUUUUCUCAUGGAGCGAUCCAUGGAAUUACUUUCUUGGGAAACACAAUGUUACAUAUUAUAGAAAAAUUGUUCUGGAUCAUUCUCAUUGGUGGAGCAUUAUAUUUUUCGACGACCCUAAGUUUGGAAUCUUGGGAACGGUUUCGAACGAAAAGUACUGUGGUAACGAUCGAAAAAGAUCACUACUAUUGGAACAUUUCGAUGCCAAGUUUGACGAUAUGCCCAAUGAGACGACUCAAUACUACAAUGUUCGACGACUAUUGUGAACAUCAUGGCAUCACCGAUAAAGAGGAGAAGCAGGAGUUUUUCGAUUUUAUGGAAUCACUGGCAAAUGCCACCUACAUGAACUUCCGGGAGAUCAAAGGGUCACCGAAUGUCGAUAAAGUUCUCAACAAGCUAGGGAUCACCCCCCAGGAUUAUAUCAACGUUAUCUACAAUAUGACCUACGAUUUGACAAUGAGAGAGCAUCAGGAGUUGAGAGUUCGAAGUCAGAACAAUUUGGAGUACAUUAGGACCCUGCAAAUCCUAACCGAGUAUGGAAUAUGCUACACUACAAAUAAUUUUAUAGCUCCAAAUUUAACCACCAGGUGUUCUAUCACAGUCCUUACGAAACGAUGAACAUCGCCAAAUACAUGCCAAACAGCGAGGAAGCGUACGAGUUUGAAACAUACUCCAUCGAAAUUGUUACAUCUGAGGACUUUCGAGAUUCCCAAACCGAAGAAAGUGUGCGAUUACAAAACAUUGCAGAGCUGUUUCCCAGAUAAGGCCGAGCUUUUCCUCGAAUUUCGCGACACCAAUGGACACAACAUUGAUUGCUUCUGUGAACAAAAUUGCGUGGAUUCGAAGGUUAUCGUUGAACGGUCACAGAUUCUAAUUGGAACGAGGAAGCUCCUGGGAAGCAAUGGAGGACUGAUCGUUAUGAAGCGAUACCCCUUGAUCCGAUUCAACCGACAAGUGCUGUUUACAUUUACAGAUUUAUUAGUGUCCAUUGGUGGAACGGCCGGACUUUUUCUCGGAUUCAGUGUACUGGGUAUGGUGGAAAUAAUCUACUUCUACACGCUUCGACUGAUUUGGUACAUCUUGGGCCGUCGCUGAGCAAUUGAUUAUGUGGUGAAUGUUAUUUUUUUUACAAAAUGCUUAUUAAGAACACCCAUAAAUUUGAAAUUAAGUAUGGAAUAUAGAUUUAAGAAAACAAUGUUUGAACUUACCGAGUGAUGCAAUUGAAUGGUGAUUAUUUGCACUAGGGAUUAUCACUUAAUCUGAAAAUAAACAGAAGUAACAAUUAAAAAAAAAACAAUAAGUUAAACUUUACAUCCACAAUAAAAUUUUAUAAACUGAACAACGUGAAUUCAGACUGAUACCGAUAUUCUACGUUUUCGUUUCCGUCUACGGCUUUUCGUUUUAACGAGCUCCCAACUUCCAUCAU